CUUCUCAUCCACAACGAGCCACCAUGCGCACAACUACCACACUCAUUUGCUUCUGAUCUUCAUCUUGGUAUUCUCGCAAUCAAUCCAUUCACCGAUGCUCAGGAGCAGUCUCCGCCCGAGGAGACUCAUCUGUGCCCCGAGUCUCUCACGGGUUGUGACGCUCGUCAAGUACCCGGGCUCUGCAGCGGCCCAGAUAUCAUCAGCACGUAUAAAGCAGAACAUAGCGCUGUCACGGCCGUUCUCGCAGCAACCAUGGUCCUCAAACAACUUGGACGAUAGUUCUAGAUUUCCAAUUAUAGGUGACACUAUAUAUGCCCUGUCAACAGCUCAGGGUCGGGCCGGCAUUGCGGUCAUUCGGAUUUCUGGCCCAUCAUGCUUAGAGAUAUACAAGGCGUUGUGUCCGUCUAAGGCGCCCCUAAAGCCGAGAUAUGCAACCGUGCGCUCCCUCUACGAUCCUCAAUCCCAAAAGGAGGAAUCCGUGGCCUUGGAUUCGGAAGCCCUUGUGCUCUACUUCCCUGGUCCCAAGACUGUGACUGGAGAAGAUGUCCUGGAACUGCAUGUCCAUGGCGGGCCUGCUACUGUCAAAGCAGUUCUCUCUGCAAUCCCACGGUGCCCCACGACUGAACGCAUUCGGUACGCCGAGCCUGGCGAAUUUACGAAGCGAGCUUUUUUCAACAACCGUCUCGACUUGGCCCAGGUCGAAUCGCUCAGCGACACGCUUGCGGCUGAGACGGAGCAACAGCGUCGUGCUGCUGUGCGUGGCAACUCGGGUGCUCUCGGGCGUGCGUACGAGGCCUGGAGAGAGCAACUGCUGCUAGCUCGGGCUGAGAUUGAGGCAUUGAUUGACUUCUCCGAAGACCAACAUUUUGACGAGUCCGAGUCAGAUCUGCUGGGGAACGUGAGGGAGCAGGUGGCUGAAAUGCUCCACAGCAUCGAGCUGCAUGAGCAAGGUAGCCAGCGGAAUGAGCUACUAAAGAACGGAAUCCGAAUUGCGCUCUUGGGUCCGCCAAAUGUCGGAAAGAGCUCGCUGAUGAACCUGAUUGUCGGGCGUGAGGCAUCGAUUGUGUCUGGUGAGGCUGGCACUACACGAGAUAUUGUGGAGGCUAGUCUGGACAUACGAGGCUAUCUUUGCUCAUUUGCGGAUACGGCUGGGUUCCGGUUACAAGAAUACGGGAUGAUCCACGGGGUGGGGGCGGGCGCAAUCGGCGCUGUCGAAGAAGAAGGGAUCCGAAGGGCGAAGCAAAAGGCCCUAGAUUCAGACAUCGUUGUGGUACUUGCGUCAGUGGAACAGAGCCUCGCCGGGUCGUUCAUCCUGUACGACAAGGAAACACUGGACCUCGCAGCGCAGGCUGAGGCUUGUCUCAUCGUGGUCAACAAACGAGAUUCGAUUGAUCCCGGCGAGUUUACCAAUCUUAUUCAAGGCUUUGGAGAGACCGUGCGGGCACAGGAUCCCAAGUUAGCAGCGGCUGAGCUGGUGUCGAUCUCGUGUAAGGAGGCUCAGUCGGCAACUUUAGACACGAAGGAUCCGGGUGGUAUCCAGAUGGUCAUGGACAGCCUUGUUAGUUCUUUCACUGGUAUGACAUCCAUGCCGGCGGAACACCAGGAUCUCCUUGGUGUGACGGAGCGACAGCGACAGCUCCUGGUCAAGUGCCGCCAUCACUUGCAGGUCUUCAUGGCGGAGGCGCAGGUGAGAGAGGGCGAGCCUGACGCAGACGCGGUUCUGGCGGCUGAGUACCUCCGGUACGCGGCUGAUUGCCUGGCGCGCAUAACCGGGCGCGGCGAGUUUGGAGACGUGGAGGACGUACUUGGCGUCAUCUUCGAGAAGUUCUGCGUGGGUAAAUAAUGACAAAUAAUGAGGAACGAGAGAGAUUCUAAAAAACUCCAUCCAAUGCAAACAAGGAAAGACAAGAAAUUGUUGCUGUGUGAAGAGCGAG